AAAUCUUCGUCAAAUAUUACGUCUAAUGAUAUUGGCGUCAAGUCGAAAAGUGAAUCAAGGUAUAGUGAUCACAUCAUUGUUACUAGUGAAACUUGUAUCUUUAAAUUUGUAACUUUAAAUCAGGAACAGUGAUAUGUCGCACUAAAUUACAUUAUGUGUUCAGUUAUGUAUGGCUUGAAUUUAUUUUGAAACAUAACAUUUAAAUUUCCAUGUGAUGUUGACAGAGAUGUUAGGAAGAUUAAGUUUCACGUUUGAGGGCAAAUGGCACCAUAUUAUGUUUAAAAACAUUGAAGCAUUUUUUUCAUACAAUCUUGAUAUAUAAGUAUUUGAAACAUAUCGUGUUCUUUAACUAAACUAAUAGUGAUAAAUUCUAGUAUUUUUGUGACGAAUUUCAUAGACCGCGAGCAGUCCCUCGGAAAGGAGGGAUCGCUUGCAGUCUACGGAUUUCAAACCUGGAUAAACUUUUUAACUUUUAGAUUGAAAAUAAUAUCCCUUAAGCAUUUGUAAUCCUUUCAUUGCAGUAAAUCAAAUUCUAACUCUACAAAGUCCAAGGAAUCAAAAGAAAGCGAUCGUGAAAAACAAAAUGCAAAAGAAAGUGAUAAAAGUAGGAACCACGAUAAGCCGGAAAAAUCAAAGCGACCGUCUCCGAACGAAACCGACUCACCCCGAGAUGAUUACGAUAAGGGUAGGUACCUCUCAGCUAUACAGGGUGUAUAAAAAAAAACUGCACAGAUUUGAAAUUGCUCUUAAAUUCGCAAAACAGCUAUUAGUAUCCAGUUUUUGAUGUAUAUAGCUUCUUUGGGUACUUAUAAUGUAGAAAAAUGGAAAACAUUUCUCGAACUCAAAUUUUGUAAACCAGGGGGGGGGUCUUUUCCAACAAACUAAAAAUGGCUUGCGCACGAAAUUUAAAAGCUUUAAUCAUAUUUUGAGUUGAUAGAUGGAACAUUUGUUGGGUUUUUAAUUACUGUACAAAAUUUCAGACAAUUUACUUUAGUUUAAGCCUUUAACUAUUUAUUUUUCUCUAAAAAAUUAGCCUUUUAAAUUUCGUGCGCAAACCAUUUUUAGUUUGUUGGAAAAGACACACACCCCUGGUUCACAAAAUUUGAGUUCGAGAAAGUUUUUCCAUUUUUCUACAUUAUAAGUACCCAAAGAAGCUAUAUACAUCAAAAACUGGAUACUGAUAGCUGUUUUGCGAAUUUAAGAGCAAAUUUCAAAUCUGUGUUUUUUUAUACACCCUGUAUAUAGCAAUUGUUCGAAUAAUUGUUUUAUUCACCGAAAAUUAUCCGAAAUUUAGUAAAAGGUGGUACUCAUUCAGCGAAUUUUCGCGAGAAAACCACCAUGACAUAGUUUUUUAUUCAGGGUGUCCAUGGAUCUUGAAAAUCCUGGAAAAUCCUUGAAUUGGAAAAAAAAAUUCCAGGACUGGAAAGUCCUUGAAAAUCAGUAGACGUCCUUGAAAGUCCUGGAAUUAAUUUCCUUAACCUCCAGCUGUGCCAACGUUAAUGAUUUUGAUUAAAAUUAGUGAAUAGAGUGAAUUAUUUACGGCAAAUCCGUGCCAUUUUCAAAGAUUUUUUUCCAGUUCUAGGUCCUUGAAUUUACUGAAAAGGGGCCUUGAAAGUCCUGGAAAAGUCCUUGAAUUUGAAGGGUGGACACCAUGGAUCCAUUUUUGGAUAGUUUUUAUGUUUUGCCCAUUCAUUACAGAUUUUUAUAAGUCAUGUUAAGUAGGAUGAUCCGUUCGACUAGUGAUGCGCAUGUCUUGACAGAUUACCGUUUAUUGUAUAAAUCGAGCCAAUCAUUUUGUUUUGGUUGUGAUGUUUUCUUGUUCUUGAUGUAGGAACCAUGAAAGCGUUCAUAGGAUUUGCAUCACAAUCAUUGAAAUGGUGGCAACCCAAAUCCCCCUACCCGCGCCCAUUUAUUUUUAUAUUUAUAUUUGUUUAAAAAUCUUUUGACAUGGUAUUAGGCCGUGUGUAUACACUAAUAGAAAGACAAAAUUGUUAUUUGGUUGUGAUGUUUACUUUUACUGUGUCUUUGUAGAAUCGAAGAGACGGAAAGUGGACAAAAGCGACAGUCAUAUAUCCUCGCCUGCAUCUUCAAAGGUUAUAAUUUUUGUUAGUUUGUAAAUUUAUGUUUAACAGAAAAGAUCGGAAUUUUCUUGCCAUCGAGAAACUAGAAUCUAAAAUUUGAAAUUCCCAAAUUUAUUUCCAGGAAAGUACACCAAUAGAUGGCUCUUCAUCCAAGGUGGGAUACAUAUAUAUCUUCGCUGUAUAUGAUAAUUAACUUCGUCAUAUAUUUUAGUUAUUACACUCUGCUUUCCAUGACUAUAUUGUUUGGUUUGUGAUAUUAAGCCCCGUUUACAGUACGCUCAAUUUUUGGUACGGCAUGGAUAAAAUUGAUACCCGUGCCACUUUUUUGGUUCUUGGACUACCUAUUUAGCUAGAGCCCCGUUUACACUACGCUCAUUUUUGGUACCGUACCACUUUUUGGUUCUUGGACUACCUAAAUAGGUAGUCCAAGAACCAAAAAAGUGGUACGAGUACCAAUUUUAUCCGUGCCGUACCAAAAAUUGAGCGUAGUUUAAACGAGGCUUAAAUGUAAUGUUCUUUUACCACAGAGUCGUGAAGAGCGAUCAAAGAGUAAGGAAAGAGACAGAGAAAAGGAGAAAAGUCAUAAGUCUGAUCGCAAAAGAGUAAGUUUGGAACAAUUCAAAUUUUAGUGACCCAACUCAAUCUGAUAACAGCUGAAUAUAUUUACAUAAAUAUAUAAGAGAAGGAAAACUGGUAAAACGGCCUCUUCUAAUAUCUGAAAGCAUUUAGAUGGUAGCUGAACAACGGUGUAAGAAAACUGUAAUAAUAAAUUUUAAAACCAUGAAAGCGUUCAUAGGAUUCGCAUCACAAUGAUUGAAAUGGUGGCAACCCAAAUUCUCCUACCCGCCCAUUUCUAUAUUUAUUUAUUUAAAAAUCUUUUGACAUGGUAUUAGGCCGUGUGUAAACACUAAUAGAAAGACAAAAUUGUUAUAUCUUACAUGUAUGCCCUGUCAAUUUCAGGGAGCAAAUACAACCCCAGCGGAGCCAUCUCGAACCCAAUUCCACUCCACGUUAAGAGUUAGAUUUGGUCCAAAUCAACCCCGCUGGGAGUCGAAUCAAAUCAAGUUUUGAAGGAUUUGUAAGAAAUGUUUGAGCUAGGGAACUGAUUCAAUGUUUAACACCGAGUUAGUUCUUUCAAACAUUUCAAACAAAUCGUUCAAAACUUAGAAUCUACCUAUGCAAGAUUCCUACUGUGAUCACAGAAGCUCAGAUAGUGUAAACCUGCCUUUAGACAGAGUAAAAUAAUAAAGUAGAACGCAAUGCAGCGCAAUGGGUUAAAACAAAAACUAUUUCAAUCUUUUCUGUCCAGACGUCCGAUAUUGUUGAAGUCAAAGAAGUAAAAAGACGGAAAGAAGAUGAUGACGCAAGUAAGUCAAUGGUGGCAGCCAUUUUACUUGUUUUCGAACGAUAUCAUUUACUAGUUCCAAUAGUUCCAACGCAGUUCAGAGUUUUACUUUCAGUGUAGCAGUAGAAGACAAAACAGUUGACUCUGGGCGUAUUAAAUGCUCUGUGUUUGAGACUGAUAAAACGUGUAUGUUUAAUUUAGGUCCAUUGAGAAAGUCGGUGGAUGAAAAACCGAAAGAAAAAGAGAAACAAGAGGUAAAAUGAGUCCUGUUUUCGCUCGCUAUUCUAGUGUUAGUAAAUGAAUGCAAAGCCCGGUUGAAUUGCAUUCAUUACCCAAAGUUUCGACACUCCAGUCUACAUGCAGUGUCUUCAUCAGGGCAUUCAGGGGUGAUCUGAAGUCCCAACGUCGCUUCUUAAUAUACUCGAAGGAUGACGUAAGCUACCGUUGCAGAUAGUGAUUUACCGAUAUGGAAAUUUACUGAUAUUCCGAUAACAGAUAUUCAAGGGCCGAUAUUGGCCUAUACUGGUUUCUAUUUUACUUCGAAAUUCACAAAUGACAAUUGGACUUAUACUGUAGAAACUUCAUCUAAACUAUUGAGAGUGGCCAAUCAUGCAUUAACACUUAUUAUACAUGUAUAUACAUUGAUAACAUCUUUCUCAAUAUCGCUAUAUACUGCAUUUAUAUUGAUACAUCCGUGUCAUUGAGUAGCCUGAAUUUCAGACGGUUGAGUGACCGUCUGAAAGUCAGGCUAUAGUCACUGAGCUGUGUUACAACCAAAUUGGAAUCCAAAAUAUGCUUUAGUAUAUACCAUGAUGCUCCAUACGCAUGUCUUAGUGUACGGACUACAAGAUAUAUGCCUCGGUUUAAAUUCAUUCGUCACGAAAAUAGUUUCGACGCGGUCACUUUUUGUCAUGACUUUGAACAGUUGCAUCUGAUUAUUGUGUAUUCAACUAACGAUCCUGAUACGCAAGUAGAGAUUUUAACUAACCUGAUCUGCGAGUGUCUCGAGCGUCACGCACCACUAAGAAGGACAAAAAUAUCACCACCUCCAGCACCAUGGCUAAAGGAUCCACAUGUUGCGUAACUUUUGUGCAAAAAUUCUUUAGUCGAUGUUUUAUAUCAGUAAGAUACUUUUUGUUUCCAAAAAUACGGGAAUCGUGAAUUUUCCAAUUUUUUAAAAACUGUAUUGAGCCACAUUAAUCCUUCAUAGGAAAAGGCGAAAACCACAAUCAUCAAGUUAUCUCGAAAUGAAGAUGGCGUGAAGAAAGAACGAGAAAAAACUAAAGAUAAGGAGAAGGAGAAAUAUAAAGAUAAAACCAAAGUGAGUGAGACUUUAUUUGCACUUGUGAUGUUUCUUUGGUAAGAAAGUAGAGCAUUGCAUGCAUUCUUGAUGGAUGAAACUAUUUUCAUAGCCUCAAUGUGCAGCAGGGAUAGAUUUACCGGGGUACCAGUUUCCUUAUCAAAUCCUUUCCUUGCAUGGAAAGGCAGUUACUACACAAACAAAAAUAAAAUAGAGACAGAAUAAAAUAGCAACAUGAUUGUUAAAUUGUCAAACAGGGCUACAGGCUUGCUGCCCUGAUUACGCACUUGGACCCUGAACCAUGGUCAAAGCUCGAUGAGCACCCUCCUACCAGAUCUGGCUUCUGCAUGACUUGAUCCAUCCAUGGUUUGCGGUUUGGGUAUAGAUUAAGACUUAAAAUCGUUGCUACGUAGGUGAAAGACAAAGAUAAGGACAAGGAAAAGGAGAAGGACAAAGAUAAAGAAAAGGAUAAAGAAAAAGAUAAAGACAAGGAAAAGAAAAAGAAAUCAGAAGAGAAAUCGUCAAGUGGCAAGGUAUAAAAAUGUAGAUUCUAAGGCAAGAGUGAAGAAGGCUUCUUGGUAUUUAGAUUGAAGAAAGUUGGAUACAGCUUAGUAGAGGUGUGCAAAUCCGAUCCGAAUCCGAUCCGUUCGGAUUUCGGAACCAAAAUAUUCAUUCGGAUUGGAUCGGAUUGAUAAAGUUGUUUCGUAGUCGGAUCGGAUCGGACUUCGAUAUCCGAAAUAAAAUGAAUUAAUUAUCCACGCAUUAUUGCAAGAACUAAUUAUCCAUGCAUUUAUCAAAGUAUCAUCGCGGUUGUCGCUGCAUUAUUCGUUUGAUACUUCAAAUGGACGUCACUUUGUCAGCUUCUUGACAUGUAUUUCUUGCUUUUAUAUUUAUUUGGUUAAACUAUUUCAACUUGAAUGAGAAAUUUAUUUUAUUAAAGAAUUCUUCGGAUCGGAUCGGAUUGGAAUUCUUUUUCAAAACUCGGAUCGGAUUCGGAUUAGACAAUUUCGGAUCGGAUUUUAAACAUUAGGCAAUUGUCGGAUUAUAUAAACGUACAAUCCGAUCCGAUGCACACUUCUACAGCUUAGGCGUAUUACAUACAACUUAGGAAGCAUGUGUGUAUGUAGCUCAUGUAAUUUCCCCGACCCCCGCUAGUAACUCCAGACAAAGGACCUUCGCUCGAAACGUCGAAAUUCUUAUAUUUUUCAGGUAGUUGUAUCCCUACCAACGAAAGUUUCAUAUUAUUGGCACUACCCAUUGAACUAUAAAUAAACUGGAAGGCUAACUCAGGGGGGGGGAAUUGAAGCCAGUGCAUUUUAGUUUUUCUGAGUUAUGAGCAGAAAUACUCAACACUGAACGUUGGGCUAUAUAUCAAAUUGAAGCUAUUGAAAAACGCUAUUUGGUGUAGAAAUUCCAAGACUUUAGCUAAAAGGGAAAUAUUGAAAAACUACAAACAUAAUUACCGAUAAUUUGCCGUUUUGCAGUUGUUUUUGUAUUUUUUAAAUAUUUUUCUUUUCGCUGAAGUCUUGAAAUUUCCACACCGAAUAGCAAUUUUCAAUAGCUUCAAUUUGAUAUAUAGCCGGACGUUUAGGGUCAAGUAUUUCUGCUCAUAACUCAGAAAAACUAUUUUGGCUUCAUCAAAUCAUAGGCCUUCAUCAUAGCAGUUAGCCUUCCAGUUUAUUUAUAGUUCAAUGGCACUACCUACACUGGCACAGACAGUUCAGCGGUAUUACCAUUUGUGUGCCUAAAUAAUUUACUCUCGUUUUUAGAAGGAAUCUAAGAGUAAAGAUAAAGAAAAAGACAAAGAAACAAAAGAUGAAGAAAAGUCGCAAAAGAAACAGUAUCCUUUCUUUACUGAGUGAAAAACUGAUCUAUUCUUAGGUUAUCUUUCAUGAAAUAUUAAAAAAAUACAAUUAUUAGCUGAAAUAGAGUCAGUGUAAUGUAAUGUUCAUAAAAUCAUGUCUAAAUCAACGUGUUAGCAACAGGAAAUUGAUCAACUGCCUGCUCCAUUUACUGUUUGAAGUACUCCAGAUUUUCGAACACCAAUUGAAUCGAACAGAAAACGGUCACACGGUUGUUUUGACUGUUCUGGCUGCCCCUAUACUUUUGAGUAGGCCGUAGGGGCAGCCAAAACAGUCAUGUGACCGUUUUCUGUUUGAUUCUUUUAGUGUUCGAAAAUCCGGAGUACUUCAAACAGUAAAUGGCGCAGCCUGCAAAAGAUACCGAAUCAUUCCAAACUUGUUAAAAAAGUCUGAUAGAGUGACUUCAUAUCAGGCAAUAUAUGUACCGGAGGUUGCUGUUAUACCUCAUUUGAAACUGUAUAAUUCUUCAUAUGCCCAAACUGGGUUAUAAAGUUUGUUCUACAAUAUUUCCUUGAUUACCACUAUUUAGACAUUCACAUUCAGAGUCAAGGAGAAGCAGAUGA